AUGGCUAUGAAUUACAGCCGAUCUACACUGCUUUCCCUCAGAUUCUGGUGGAAAAAUUCGACACAACUUAUCAAACCUUUGCGGCGUUCUGAAUGGACCGCUUGGAAAUUUGCUGGAAUCUUAAAACCAACCAGAGGAAUACGCGGCGGGAUCCAACGGAAACUACAGGCGGAUCACAGAGUUCACCAUAUUCUUCCAGUUAUCUCAAGACGAAAACAGUUCGACAUUAGCUAUCCAAGGGCCAAGGGAAAGCAUGAUUCAGUAAAUCAUGGGAACUUAUUAAAUAUUCAAAAUCACACCUCUUCGACUCCAUCAAGAUCCGAAGUCGACAGCGUGACCACAAGCUCCCUUGGGAGGCCUCACUUUGUUCCAUCGAUCUUUUUGUCCAACACAAUGUCCUUGGCGCCUAAAAUUGAUGAAAUUGCUCACACUCUAAACAACGUUAAUGCUGAUAUAGCCCUUUUUACUGAAACCUGGCUGAGUGGCUGUGUGCCUGAUUCCCCGAUUAACAUCAAAGGCUACCAGCUUUUUAGGCGCGAUCGUGUCGGCUGGCAACAUGGAGGUGUGUGUAUGUACGUUAAAGAUUCGAUCCAGUGCAAGGUUCUAUCUGAUUUUCAUCAUGAGGAUCAUGAAGCUCUCUGGGCCGACCUUAGGCCCAUCCGAUUACCGCGUGGAUUCUCCAACAUUAUCGUGGGCGUGGUGUAUCAACCCCCAGACGCCAACGACUCCGCUAUGAGGGAUUAUUUGGUGACAUCCUUAAUGUCUCUUGAGGCUAAAUGUUCUAACUGUGCAAUUAUUUUGGCUGGCGACUUUAACCGGUCGCUCCUUCCUAUGGUCCAAUCUGCUGUUAAGGCCUUUCACCUCAAGCCUACUGUCUCAUUUCCUACUAGAGGUAAUAAUACUCUGGAUCAAAUUUUCACCAACUUCCCUGAAUUUUUCUCUGCUCCAUGUAGCCUUCCUCCGUUUGGUCUAUCUGACCACCUGUCUGUGUAUAUGGGGCCGGGAAUCAGGGAGACGCCCUCAAAAUCUAAAUGCAAGAUCAUCCUCUCCAGAGACAAAAGACCCAGUAAAAGAGCCAGUGUGGGCAGAUUUUUUCUUCAAGUGCCUUGGUCUGAUCUUCUCUCAGCUGAUCUGUCAUGUGAACUUAAGCUUAGAACUCUCACUGACAUUAUUAACCUUGGGCUGAACACGAUCAUGCCCGGGCGUUCUACAAAGGUGUACGAAACUGACCGGCCUUGGUUGUCUGUACAUCUCAAACAUCUAAUUGCCCGUCGUCAGAAGGCAUUCGCAUCCGGGAACCAGUACCUAUUUAAGAUCUUAAGAAACAAAGUGAAUCGAGAGCGCAAGCGCUGUCAGAGGGUCUAUUACGAGAACAAGGUUGAUGGCCUGCAUGCUUCCAGGCCUCGUAAUUGGUGGAAAGAAGUGAAACAGCUUUGUGGGUCCACUAAAUCUACUGAGCGCGAUCUGAAAUCCAAGCUCCACAAAGAUCUUGUAUAUAAAGAUGCAGUUUUAGCUGAAAAAAUUAACCAGGCGUUUGUUAGCGUAAUGAAAGACUACUCGCCAUUGGCAGUUGGCGCACAGGUGUCAGCAGAUGAUGAUAAUCCGAUUGUGAGGGCCACUGGGUCAUCAGUUGUACUUAAACUGUUACGUGCUACCCUCUUAAGAUAA